AUGGCGCUUAGCAUUAGACAGCUCAAUGGAGAUGCAUCGUUUUUGCUUACGUUCGAACCGGUUGAGUCUGGCCCCCCCGAUGGUGCAAGUAUGCCCGAACUGUUCCGAAUUCUCCUCGAUCCGUGGCUUGUAGGACCGUCAAAUAUCUUCCACUCCAAAUUUUCUUCGACGACGCACGUUCAGGGAGCAUGUGUCUCAACGUUGCGAGACCUACCUGAGCCUGAUUUAGUCAUUGUCAGUAACGGUCGCAGCGACCAUUGCAAUGAGGCUACUCUUCGGCAACUGGCUCCUCGCGGUACGAAGACGAUUAUAUUAGCGGAGCCUACGGCUGCGAAACAGAUCCGAAGCUGGAAGUAUUUCGAUGACAGGAAAAUUCUGACCCUUCAGCGAUGGCAGGACCCUCGACAAACCGGUCGAGACACCGUCAUCCGAAUACCAAUACGCUCUGGUACCGCUGGAGGACACAAAGGGCUUGUGACAGUUUCCUUCAUCUCCCGAGGGAGAAGUACGAAAGGGAUUGAUUCGGCAAUAGGAAUAACGUACAGGCCAGCGCCUUUAGGGUUAUCAAUCUCUCAACCGCCGGCGACCACAGCUUCCACUCCUCUCUCAACUCCUUCGCUGGAUUUUGCCUCACGCACAACGAGCCCAAGUGAGCUAUACACUCCUGAAGCUAUCGAAACGCCUACUUUACCGCCUCUCCCAGCUUUGCCAACCCUUACACCUACCGAAAGCCCGGCUGCUCACUCGUCGAAGGCAGGUCGAUCUCUGACCACUCUUUCCCACCCCCAGAACAGGAGUGUGUCUGGGGUAUCCGUGAUAUUUUCCCCCCACGGCAUUUCCUACAGCGCCAUCGAGGGAUACGCAACGUCACACCUUGUCUCUGAAGCUGCGCUGCCACUCACAGCUCUUCUACACUGCUUCGACGCAGUCUCUCAACCCUGGUGGCUCGGCGGCAACGUCACGAGUGGCUUUCAUCACGGCCAGGAGAUCAUCGCUAAGCUUGGUGCAAGAGCCUGGAUCAGCACAUAUGACGGAGACAAAUUCCUUAGAGGUCUAGCCAGGCGAUUGACUCGGAGGAAGAAGUACAAGACACAUGAGGUGCGCAACUCUGUCCACGGUGCGACGGUUGGCUUCCACAACACCCGCAAACCGAGUUCCAGACGCUGCGGAAAGAUGGACAGGCCGACGGAAAUAAUGGCCUUGAAUAUUGGCGAGGAAAUCGCUCUGACAAGCGACGGGGUGUGGGCCACUGAAGCAGCGUCUUCCAUGGGAUCAGGCUACCUGAAUCGUCGUCUGAGUAUUCCCCAUUUGCUUUAUGCGAAUGCCUCAGGGGAAAGUAUAAGCUCGCCGUUUAGGGUGAGUAAACUCUGGCCGAGUAUGUUUCUGGCUUGA